CCUUCAAAAAAGGCCGCAAAAUAAGAUAAAAGAACUUAUUUACUAAAACAAUGUAAUUAUUAGUAAAUUUUAUUUAAUUUUAAUAUUAAUUAUAAAAAAAUGCCGAAGCACAAAAUAAAUAUAAAAGAUCGGGUUGAAGAUAACACCAUUGAUUUAAGUUUAUCAGAACUGACGGAAGUACCAGCUAAAGAUAUUGCGUCAUUUAAAAGGGUUACAAAUGUAGAUCUAUCGAAUAAUAAAAUAGUGUCCCUUGGGAAAAACAUUGGAUUACUUUCGCAUAUUGUUAAACUGGAUUUGAGUAAAAAUUUAAUAAAAUUUUUACCUGAUGAUUUUGGCAGUUUUAGAAAUCUUCGGCAUUUAGACUUGUACAAUAACCGUUUAGAGCAUUUACCUCUUAGUUUCGGAAAUUUAAAUAAUUUAAGAUACUUGGACUUAAAAGCUAAUCCUUUAAAUCCCGCUUUGGGGAAAAUUGUUGGACCAUGCUUAACAACCAAAGACUGUAAUGAAGCUGCCAAAAACACUGUUAAAUUCUUGAAACGUAUGCAAAUUGAAUUUGAAAAUGCUAAACAAAAAUUACAACAAGAAAAUGAGGCUAAAAUAGAAUCAAUUGAAGAUCAAAAAAGUAAAAGUGAAUUAUCGAAGAAAAAAAAGAAAAAGGGUAAAUCAAAAAAAUCAAAAUUAUCUGAUAAUGAAUUAUUAAAGGAUAAUUCAAAUAAUACAAAGAAGAAUACCAAAAACAAUUAUGUACAUGAGAAGCAUUACAAUAAGUCGAAAAGAAAUUCGAAUACAGCUUUAAAAACAAUUUUCGUAUUUUUCUUUUUAUUGGCAUUGAAUAUAUUUGCCAUAUAUGUAAUAACAGCAAAAAAUCUUGAAAUUGUUGAAAAAGUCGUAGAGUACAUUCCAAUUAAAUAUCGUAAUUUAAUUUUAUCGAAAACUGAAAAUAUGAAAUUAAGAAUAUCAGAUUAUUUACAACAAUUUCGAACAGCAGAUGAAGAUCAUUCAUAUAUGAAAAUAAUUUAAAAACAUAAUAAUAUUGAAUAAUUAUUAGAUUUUGAAUGCUCUCUUUACAUAAUUUUAAUGAUAUCUUUUUUUUAUAUAUAUAUUAAUAAGCUGCUAUACCUAACUCUGAUACUAUACAAUACAGACAUACAUUUUGCCUAAGGAAAUAGUAAAAUUACUCAUAUAAACUAAUAAAAAGCAAUAGACUGGACACAACUACUCAUAACUCAAUAGCUCUGAAUCCUAUUAAAUCAUAAUACAUACAUUAUAUUUUAACAUUUAAACCCAAUAUAUUAAAUCCGGCCAUAAUAAUGUUAUAAUUAUUAGAGAAAAAAUAAACAUUUUAUAUUUUAGUAAAUUUUUAAAAUAAAUAAUUAUGCUACAGCCAUAUUUUAUUAAUAUAAUAUAAGUUGAAAAUAAGCCAUUUUAUA